AUGGAUUACGUUCGUCCAAUCAUUGUUCGUCAUGGAUAUUCAGUGGAACGUGUUUUAAACAACCAGCAGUAUGAAUCUUCCUAUAUAGUUAGCAAGCCAGAUACUGGCAAACAAUAUUGCAUCAAAGCAAUUGUUUUAGGACACGUUGAUCAGGCAAUUAUUAGCAGUUUUUUGGAGCCUAAUAGUACUCUUCUCAAACGAACUGCACAUCCUAACAUUCGAUCAAUCCAAGACUAUUUUAUUGAUACAAAUUGCUAUUUUCAAGUCAUGGAGUAUAUUCCUAAGGGAAGCAUACGCAGAUAUAUAGACCAUGCUGGAAAAGUCUCAAUAGAUGACUUACACUCUUAUACAAGCCAUCUUUUACAAGCUGUAAAUUAUAUUCACUCAAACCAAAUAGCUCACCAUGAUAUUAAACCAUCGAAUUUAAUGAUCGAUGAUUUCAACAGACUCAAACUUUCUGAUAUCGAUUUAGCUUCAUACUGCGUGAAUGGCUUAUGCAACAGCUUUCAUGGAUCAUUGCAGUAUAUAGCUCCAGAAGUAAUCAACCAGAUACCACAUGAUCCGUUCAAAGCUGAUGUAUGGGCUAUAGGCGUUUGUUUGUAUGAAAUGGCUACAGGAGUUCUCCCAUGGAGAAGUACUUCGCUUGCAGACCUCAAGAAUGAGUUGUCUCUCGGAUAUUACACAUUUCCUUCUGAAAUUCCUUAUAUUAUCCAGGCACUUAUUCAAAUGUGCUUGAUUCCAAAUCCAAACGAAAGAUGCAACCUCAGAGACUUACUUGCAGUUCUUCAGGGUGUUCAGCAGCCACCAAUUCCAAGAAUGCCAAGAAUCAAAGAAAUUCCAAGUUCCCAGCUUAGUUCACGCGCAACACCUAUCAAGAGUGGAAUUGGAAGCAACAAAGUAAGCAGCACAGGUUCAUUGCCACCUCUCAAACCAAGAUUGAACGAUCUUUAA